UUCAAUUUUGAUUGUCAAACUCUAAACGAAUGUUUAGGAAACAGGAUGUUGAAGGCAGUCUUCCCAAAUUUCCAGUACGGAGCAAACCUUCUGCUGAAGUCGACAUGCAGCGACCACGGCGAGUGACUGCACGAUUGAUCACGAUGCAACGAUGCAGGCAAAACCGUACGAGGAUAUACCAGGGCCAAAGCCGAUACCAAUUUUAGGAAACACCUGGCGUCUAUUCCCGAUAAUUGGCCAGUACCGAAUAUCAGACGUGGCGAAAUUGUCGCAGAUAUUUUACGACGAGUACGGGAAGAUCGUCCGUUUGACUGGCUUAAUUGGUCGGCCGGAUUUGUUGUUCGUUUACGACGCCGACGAAAUCGAGAAAAUUUAUAGGCAGGAAGGGCCGACUCCAUUUAGACCAUCUAUGCCAUGCUUGGUGCAUUAUAAAAGCGUUGUGAGGAAACACUUCUUCGGAACUCUACCUGGAGUUGUUGGAGUGCACGGCGAGCCAUGGAGAAAAUUUCGUACGAAAGUCCAGAAACCUGUCCUACAACCGCAGACAGUCAAGAAAUACAUAGCACCUAUUGAAAUGGUUACGUCCGAUUUCAUACAAAGGUAUAGGUCGAGUUGCCCUUGACGUGAGAUUAGGAUGUUUAUCAGGUAAUCUCACACCAAACUCGGAACCACAAAAGAUCAUCGACGCGGCAAAAUUUGCUUUGAGGAAUGUAGCAGUGCUGGAAUUGAAAGCUCCUUAUUGGAGAUAUGUUCCUACCCCUCUUUGGUCACGAUACGUACGAAACAUGGAUUACUUCAUCGAGAUAUGCAUGAAAUACAUCGAUGCAGCGAUGGAAAGAUUGAGAACGAAGAAAGCUAUCAACGAAUUUGAUUUAUCUUUGAUGGAAAGAAUUUUAGCCAAAGAAACGGACCCUAAAAUGGCUUAUAUACUCGCCUUAGAUUUGAUCUUGGUUGGAAUAGAUACAAUUUCAAUGGCUGUUUGUUCAAUAUUAUAUCAAUUAGCAACUAGGCCAGAGGAGCAAGAAAAAAUUUACCAAGAACUUGUAGAAAUUCUACCUGAUCCAUCUGUACCUCUUAAUACAAAUCAUCUCGACAAGGCCAUUUAUAUGAAAGCCUUCAUUCGUGAAGUUUUUCGGUACAAGUCGUGUUUCCAACCGUAGUAACAGGAAAUAUGGAACAAUAUGUAACAGAUGCAAAAACAUUUAAACCAAUGAGAUGGCUAAAAGACUCAUCUGACGAAAGUUUACACCCUUUUGCAUCAUUACCUUAUGGCUAUGGCGCACGCAUGUGCCUAGGUAGAAGAUUUGCCGAUUUAGAAAUUCAGGUGCUGCUUGCCAAGCUGAUAAGAUCUUACAAGUUGGAAUACCAUCAUAAACCACUUAAGUACAAAGUUACGUUUAUGUAUGCUCCUGACGGGGAACUCAAAUUUAAAGUGCUCCAAAGGUAGUCAUGAUUUGUACAUUUAAAAAUCAUUAUCUAUCAAUAAAUUUGAAAUUUAACGGUCCUUUAGGUGUAUACAUAGGAUUAAUGUAAUACUCUAAUUUCUCAUGAUGAUAUUCUAUUUUGUAACGUUGCAAAAUCUGAAACAAAAAAUUGUUACAUUUUUUUAUAAGGUAAUGCACAUAUUGUAUAACAAAAUAAAUUAUUAUCUUUGAUUUUAAUACAAAAAGUAAAAUUAUUUAUAUAAAAAAAUAUAAGAUUAUUUAUAUAAAAUUGUAAAUAUUUUCUUACAAAAGUGAGAAAGUUCUAUUUAAU